UGAAGCCCCUCAAAAUGGAACUAUGGUUAACUAUCUUAGCCCUCUUCGUUUUCACCGGAGUAUCUCUAUGGAUUCUCGAGCAUAAGUUCAACAAAGCCUUCCGAGGCCGGCCUUCCGGAUAUCUCGGUUUAAUCUUCUACAUACCAUUCAUGUCAUUAGUCUUCGCCCACAGGGAGAAAAUAGUGACGAAUCUAGCUCGAGUGGUUGUGGUAGUGUGGAUAUUCGUCGUGUUAGUACUAACCUCAACGUACACAGCGAGUCUUUCGGCAAGAUUAACGACGUUUAAGCUACAACAAGGCGAUACAGAUGUGAAUACGCUUAUUAGAAACGGAGAUUACGUGGGAUGCAGAGAAGGCACUUUCCUUGCCGAAUUCUUACGAAGGCUCGGAUUCCACGAAUCGAAAAUCAGGAUAUAUAAACAUCCGGAAGAAUUCGAUGAUGCAUUGUCCAAAGGAAGUGAAAACGGAGGCGUAACGGCUAUAUUUUCGAGCACUCCUUACGCGGAUCUCUUCUUAUCAAAGUACUGCAGCAAGUACAUGAAAUUCGGGUCACCUUAUCUUACAGCUGGCUUCGCCUUCGGGUUUCCGAAGGGGUCACCGUUAGUUGGUGACGUGUCGAGUGCGAUAACUAAACUGACAGACAGCCAUAAAAUAGCGGAAAUAAAGGCGCAUUGGAUAAGGAAGUCUGGUUGUAAUGAAGACGAUGAUCCUUCUAAAGUUGGGUGGACGAAUAUUGGGUUGAAAAGUUUUAAAGUAUUGUUUGUCGUAACAGGAUCUGUGACAGGGGCGGCUGUUUUGUUAUUCUUGGCUUCGUUUCUGUACCAGCAUAGAGUUCGUGUAAGAGAGAUAUACGAUUCAGACAAUACGUUUUGGUUAAAAAUGCGUGCUUUUGGCAAUCUUUUUGAUGAAAAAGAUCCCGAUUUUUUUCCAGAAAGUGCGAUUGAGAUGGGGUUGUUGCCGGGGCAUAGUAACAGGCAGGUGAUGCUUGAUAAUAUGCAGGUGGUGCAUAAUAACAAGCGCGUGAUGGUACGAGCAUUUUCGAUAAAUUAGAAGUUGAAGUGAAGAGACAAUAACAAAGCUGCAUAGACAAAAUUCAUGUACAAAUGUGUCGCGUUUAGCUUUCUUACAACCUGUUGUUUCGUGCGGAAAGAUUAACUGAAAUCAAAGGUCUUUCGUUUAGGACAAGUGCAGCACACUGCUUUGAUUUAUGUAUAUCUUUCUUCAUAUGUAAAUAAAU